UGCUGGGCUGAUUAGUGAGCGGAACGUUUAGAUGAUGUCUCUAGUUUGCGGAGGGAACUCUAUUCUCUUGCACCGGCCGUUCUCGGUUGCCAUAGGGACGGCGAAGCGCUGGUACUGUGAUCAGCUAACCCAGGGAAGAUGUCACCUGGAGAUGAGCGCUCCGGAGCGGCCGCAUUCACCUUCAGCCUCCUGCCUGAGCGAGCCUUCAGCUUCCUGGGGAGCAGGGACACCCGGGAGCUGCUGAUCAAAUGGUCCAUGAAUGGAAGAAUAACAGCCCAAGCUUUCCGCUAUGACCAGUAUUUCCAGCCCUACCAGAGGGAUGACUUUGUCCUUGCCUUCUUCCAAGAUCCCAAUGUGAUUUCCCGCCUGAAGUUACUUUCCUGCUCCGGACAGUGGACGACACUGGGGACGAAAGUGAAAACAAUUAAAGCAGAAGACAUCCCAUGCACUCAGCUGUCUAUGUCCUUGUUUGAUUGCUUGUACAAGGAGAACAUUGUCCGGGAAGGCGGAUGUAUUACAAAGUGUCUGGAUGAAUAUAUGGACGACUUCACUAUUUCAGACGAACUUCGCAAGGUGCUACUUCUGGAAGACUCUGAAAAGUUUGACAUUUUCAGCCCAUCAGAUAGAGAAGAGUUUCUCUUCCUUCUUUUCAAGCACCUGUGUCUUGGGGGAGCCGUCUGCCAGUUUGAAGAUACAAUUGAUCCAUAUUUGGAAACCACAAAAUCAAUAUACAAAGAGCUACUGAGUGUUCAAAAGGAUCCAGAGACAAAGCAGAUAAAUAUCAUUUCCUCUGUCUUCAAAGUAUCCGCAUACGAUGAGACUGGAUUGUGCUAUCCGUCUGUUACUCCUCAUGGGCAGACGUUUUCCUAUCUGAUUGUGGACCCGCUGAAACGCCAUGCGACUGUGUUAUAUCACUGUUUUGGUGGGGGGAUCUUUUGAAGACACAAACUACAACCAACAUGAGACUUGGAGAAGAGGUGAUGGAGUCACUAACACACGCAGCUACGUCUGUUGACCAUGUAACAUUCAGAUGAUCCGGAAAAUGCCGCAUAGCAGUUUUCUAUUUGCCUUUUUUUUCAAGCAUUAGUAUUUAUUUCUUUGUGACUGUUAUAGAUUGCACCUCACAGGUGGUAUGUGACUGGGUGUAGAUACAGUAGCGCGGGAAGGUGCUUUUAUUUUAAGAAUAAUUUAAAAGCACGUAUUGUUGUUUAUUGCAUUUGAUAUAAAAAUGUACCAGUUCCAUUGACAAAUAUACAGGUGUUUUACCACUGAGCCAUUUAUCUGCAUUAAAACCCACAAUUUAUCAGCACUGUUUCAUAAAGGACCAACCAAUAUGAUUAAUAUAAUAAAAUAUAUUUUUCUUGAA